AUAUAGAAAAACAAAUUAUAUUGAAAAGAUGAUUUAUGCCCCUAUAAGAAUGUUGACAGGGGAAAUGUAAAACCUUAAAUAUGUAUACCAAGGGAUCUGCUUGUCGAAAAGUAAGUCUGGUUUGCAACUAACUACAAAAUGUCUUUAAAGCACCUUUGAGAAGCUGAAGCACUCUGUGUAUAAUGCGGAUAGUGAGAAUUAAAAUAACAAGACUAUGAAACUGACAUUUAUGGAUCCCUAAUAUACAUGAGGCACACUACUGAGAGCUUUUCACUAGUAUUUGCUUUAUAGAUAAAUGACCUCAUUUAAUCCUAUUGAAGAAAAAAUAAGAUAGGGAAUAAGACGGGGAUUAUCAGUACUAUUUUUAAAAGAAUAAAAUUGAAAAUCAGUAAGUUAAGUGACAGAUCUGCCAGUAGGUGGCAGAGGUGUGUGUGAUUCAAACCAAGAUCUGCUCAGAAAUGGCGCACAGGUGGUUAAAACCUUGCACUUUUUGUCAUUCUACACAAACUUCCUUAGGGUACAAACUUAAAGAAUUACUUGUUUAAGGGUCAAAAUCAAUGAGAUUACAUAUCCGUAGAAAAAACCUGACUUGCAAUUUUUUAUCUGUCCUUCCCAAUGAGCUGUGUCUAACGAUUAAUUGUUCAUCACUUUUUAAAUGCUUAACAUGUAAAACAUUUUAACUCUAAUUUGAAGAUCUCAGAAACUUUAGUUCAAUUAACUCACAGGUUAAUUUUUUUUUAUGAUGUUGAGUGCUGGAACAAAAUACAUUUGAGUAAGAGAGGAGGAAAGCAGAACGUUUAGUUACCUCUAAGAAGACCAGCUGAAGCCUUUCAGAAGUAGUACUUUUAACAGAGUAAAUAGGUGUGAAUUAUCGUCAGCUUUUAAAACUAAGUUUCAGAUUUAAGAAAAUGAAGACGAGGGGAAAUUUUCAGCUUCAAAGGGUGAUAGGAUAUUUCCAUGGAACAAUUAUUUUAUUCAGUAUCAUAAUAGGUGCAGGUAUAUUUCUGGCUCCUAAAGGGGUAUUAAAAUACUCCUCGCUCAAUGUGGGGGUCUCCCUAAGUAUUUGGGCUGCCUGUGCUGUCGUGUCUAUGGUGGCUGCUCUGAGUCAUGCAGAACUGGGGACCACUUUCCCUAGAAGUGGAGCACAGUAUUAUUUCCUCAAGAGAUCUCUUGGACCCCUUAUUUCUUUCUCCUAUAUCUGGGUCAAUCUAUUUGCUUCCCCGGCAGGAACUGCUGCACGGAGCUUGCUACUAGCAGGCUAUAUCAUACACCCUUUCUAUCCUGGAUGUUCUGUUCCUGAGAUGCCAAAGAAAUGUUUAGCGUUGGCCAUUGUAUGGUGUUUGGGAAUUCUGAAUGCUCGAGGAGUAAAAGAAGUGACCUGGUUUCAGACUCUCAGUACCGUUGUGAAGAUGGCAGUGCUCUGCUUCAUCUCUCUAACUGGAAUCGUGCUGUUGGUGAGGGGUAGAAAGGAGAACCUAGCUAGAUUUGAGAAAGCGUUCGAUGCUGAAGUUCCAGAUGCCUCGCAGAUUGCAGAAGCCUUCUUACAAGGAUUAUAUGCAUAUUCAGGCUGGGGAGUCCUUGUUCGGAUAGCAGGAGAGCUGAAAAACCCUGGUGAGAAUAUCCCCAAAUGUGUGAUUACUGCACUCACCCUGGUGGCUCUGAUCUACUUAUUGGUUAACAUUUCCUACCUAGCAGUCUUGACUCCAAAGGAAAUCAUGUCCUCAGAUGCUGUUGCUGUCACCUGGAUGGAUAAAGUAAUCCCUUCUAUGCAAUGGGCUAUUUCCAUUGGUGUUUCUUCCUCAAUAUUUAGCUCCCUUAAUUGUACUGUAUUUUCAUCAUCAAGGGUACUGUACGUUGCAAGUCAGGAGGGUCAGCUACCAUUGAUCCUCUCAACUCUUAACGUCCACUCCUGUCCAGUGGUCGCUGUGCUUCAGAUGACCAUUCUUGCCUCCUUUAUAAUUAUUCCCUCAGACUUAAUCCUUUUAGUAAACUAUGUGGGAUUCAUAGACUGGCUCCAACUUGGGCUAAUGAUGACGGGUUUACUUAAACUGAGAUUCCAGGAGCCCGACCUACCCAGACCUUAUAAGGUAAUUUGAACCACCAAAAGAAAAUAUCCCCUUUAUCUUUCUAAAGAGCAUUUUCUACUCUUAAUACCUUGUUAUUAUAUCUAGACGUAAAAUCUCCAGCCCAUUAUGAGACCAUUUUAGGAACAUUUGAUCUAGAAUAUGAAUUUUCUAUUUCUUGGUCCAUAAGCUUCUUGGGCCAUUUUCAACUUGAAAUCUCAGAAGAGAAAGUGCGAGACUGGUCCUUAUUAGAAAAAGGAGAAGACCUUUAAGAUCUUUUUACAUUACGGCAAAUACAACCAGUGAAAUUUGAGCCAAAAGGGACCAUAUGUGGGGUACAUAAGGUUUGCACUAGAUCCCAGUAGAACAGACUGCCAGUGUCCAGGACCAAUGAUUAUUUGAGUGUCCUCUUACUGGUGCAUCCUCAGAUUAUCUUCUAGAGGCUCUAGGCUUGCCUAGGAUUCCUCAGGCUCCUCAACUCAAAUGCCAUCAAGGUAUAAGCUUCCACCAUUGAUGGUCAGUAUAGAAGGGCUACAUUCUAGACAGUUGUGAAGGAGUGUAAUUUCAACCUGCUCAUCUUUCAAAAGCUUACAUCAGAGGCAGAAUAUCUGUGGAGGGUUUCCUGAGAGCUAAGAUUCUGUUGAUUCCUCAAACCACUAAAAUCUCUCUCUUCAUUAGCUAUCUGAAAUGCUUCAUGUAAGCCCGUGGAAUAUAUUUUUUUUCUUCUGAUUGUCUACUCUACCCCAUCCACCUAUACUAUGGAUUUAACCAAAAUAUUAUGUUUAACCAAAGAACCUCUGGCAGCUCAUUCUUGUACUUCUUGCAGGGAGAUUGUUAAGAGAUACAUUUCUACAUUAUGCAACAGUUUCUCUAUAUGUAGAUCCACUGAAGAAAAUUCUUUCUAAUAUUUGUAUCAGGAAUGCUUGUGUUUCUAGGCAGUUUAUUUAGUUUUGUUUACAGAUAACUGACCUUAGUAAGUGCCUGCCUCCCUUUUCAUAGAGGCUGCUAGAACGCUUAAAGCUAAAUUAGUUGUUAGCCACUAGCUUGUAAAUAGGCUUAGGAAGCACACCUUGCUAUAUACCAGUCAUUAUUGUUAGGUCGA